UUUGUUGUAUAUUUUUAGCAAAACCCACAUUAUGAGCUGCUACGGCUGCAGCCGUAAAUAUGGACUCUUCUGCAAGGAGUACGGUUGCCCCAACUGCGGCUAUUCCUACUGCGCGAAGUGCCUGAAGAGGCCAAUCAAUGUGCCCCGUCAUGACAACAAGGUGCUCAACGUGUGCCUCAUCUGCUACGACAAGCUGUCCAAGAUGCAGGCCAACGCCGAUGCCGACAAAGUCAUUGACUGCGACGCCCUGCCCGGUGACCUGGUGACCAAGCUGCGCCUGCCCUUAAAGAACACUAAGUCGCCAGACGCCGUCGCUGAAAAAACAGAUGCACUUUUCGACAAUGUGCUGCCCUCUGAAGAACUGGCUGCUGUGCUGUCGCCUACAUUUGGUGCUGAGGCCGGCUCAGCGCAAGACACAACCGGCACCGAGGAUAUUGACGAGAAUCUGGACAGCGCGAUUAGCAAACGUUUGCAGAAUCUGAAGGCAGUCGAUGUGACCAGUGAUGAUGAGUUGCGUGCGCGUCUGUCCAAUUUGAGUGGUAUGCCGCAUCAGAAGAACUAUGAUAAAAAGGAACUGCUGUUGUCGACGGACCAACGAACCGAUCAGGAUAAAAUCAAAGAUCUGCUGCAGCAGUUUCUGGGCGAAACGCAGCUGGAUCAACGUGUCAACGAUGACCGGAAUGAUGCAAUCUCUGACAUUGAGAAACGUUUGCGUGCACUUCGCGAUGCACCCAUCGAUAAUCCGACCGGUUCGGGAGCUGUAGCAGCGGGCUUAGGAACGACCAAUACUCCAAGCGACAAUGAGGAGGAGAACGACGAAGCUGUUUUGCAGAAUAUAAUGCAGAAGUAUGUGGCCGAAGCACGUUUGCAGCCAACGGGCGAUCCUUUGGAGAACGAACUGGGCACUACAAACAAUCCCAGCAGCAGCAUUAAUGAGGAGCUGCCCUGGUGCAACAUAUGUGAUGAGGAUGCCGUCUUCCGCUGCCACGGCUGUGACGGUGAUCUCUACUGCGCCCAAUGCUAUCGCGAGUGUCACGACGAUGAGGAAUACCGUGCUCAUGCCAAGGAGAAGUACAGUGCGCCGCCCAAUUUUAAAGAGAAUCACUUCUAAUGCAACUUGCUGUAGGCCAUGCUUAUUAUAUAUCUUAUUUUAAUGAUCAUUUUGUAUGUCCAAGCGUUAUGUUUUUAUUAUUAUUAAUAUUAUUAUUUUUAAAGUAUUCGGUACUCCUGGAUUAAAACAGCUUGUUUUAAGCUAAUGUUUACAUUA